AUGGAUUCCAUGAUUUCUGGGGCCAUGAAAUCAUAUACAAAUGAACACACCGUUCAAGGCGAAAGUGAAUACAGAAAAGGAGAAUUCAACUACGCCAUCGUCUGUUACACUGAAGGAAUCAGUGUAAACUGUAACGAUAAAAACCUUAAUGCUGAACUGUUCACGAACAGAGCGAAGGCCCAUUUCAAUUUGGGUAAUUAUCACGAGGCAAAGGCCGAUUCAGAGGUCGCCAGGCAAUUCCAGCCAGGUUAUAUGAAGGCGAUAGAAACAGGUGCGAGGACCUGUGCGAAGCUGAAUCUAUUUGAAGAAGCCAUCACAUGGUGCGAUCAAGGAUUAGCAGCUGACCAAGACAACAGAAACCUGUUGGAACUAAGGACCAUGUGUCUAAAGACUGAAGAUACAUGCAGCGGCAGUAUAGAGAACGAUUCAGAAAGUGGAACCGUGGAGGAACAAUUGGUGAGGAAUUUUAUCAAAAUCUAAAGCCCCGGCCAAACGAUCGCACCAUUUCAACACAACAUAUUGCAACAUUGUUGCA